GGGCGGCCGCCCGCCCAGCGCUGCGGCGGUGCGGGCCCAGGCCGCCGCAGGCCAGCCCGCCGCCCUCCGCGCGCCUCCGGCUCGGACGCCCCGCCCCGCCGGCCCGGUCCCCGCCCCCGGACGGCCGGGCUCGCGCCUCCGUGGACCGCGGGCCGCGCGGCGGGGCCCAGCACGCCGGGCGCUCGGCAUGGCCGCGAGGGAGGAGCUGUACGGCCAGGUGGCCCCGCGCCGGAGCCGCCAGCCGCGGCCGGGCACCGUGAGGCACGGAUCGGCGCUGGACCUGCUCCUGUCCAUGGGCUUCCCGCGGGCGCGCGCACAGAAAGCUUUGGCGUCCACCGGAGGAAGAAGUGUGCAAGCCGCAUGUGACUGGCUGUUCUCCCACGUGGGCGACCCCUUCCUGGACGACCCGCUGCCCCGGGAGUACGUGCUGUACCUGCGCCCCACGGGCCCCUUGGCCCAGAAGCUCUCCGACUUCUGGCAGCAGUCGAAGCAGAUCUGCGGCAAGAACAAGGCGCACAACAUCUUCCCCCACAUCACCCUCUGCCAGUUCUUCAUGUGCGAGGACAGCAAGGUGGACGCUCUGGGGGAGGCCCUGCAGGCCACCGUCGGCCGCUGGAAGGGCAAGUUCUCAGUGCCGCUGCCCCUGGAGCUCUACACCUCCUCCAACUUCAUCGGGCUCUUUGUGGAGGAGGCCAGCGCUGAUGCCCUCAAGAAGUUCGCUGCUGACUUUGCCGCGGAGGCUGCGUCCAAAACCGAAGUGCACGUGGAACCUCAUAAGAAGCAGCUGCACGUGACCCUGGCUUACCACUUCCAAGCCAGCCACCUGCCCACGCUGGAGAAGCUAGCCCAGAGCAUCGAUGUCAAACUAGGGUGCGACUGGCUGGCAGCCAUAUUCUCCCGGGAUAUCCGAUUUGCUAACCACGAGACCUUGCAGGUGAUCUACCCCUACACCCCCCAGAAUGACGACGAGCUGGAGCUGGUCCCGGGGGACUUCAUCUUCAUGUCGCCCGUGGAGCAGGCCAGCACCAGCGAGGGCUGGGUCUACGGCACCUCCCUGACCACCGGCAGCUCGGGGCUGCUGCCCGAGAACUACAUCACCAAGGCCGACGAGUGCAGCACCUGGGUGUUCCACAGUUCUUACUCCAUCUUAAACGCAUCGUCUUCCAACUCGCUCCCAUUUGGUGAUGGCAUACUGGACCGGCGUUCGUACGAGGACCAGGGCCUGGGGGAGAUGGCGCCCCUCACCAUCGUCUGCCAGCCCUCGCAGCCUCUGAAGGCCAGCAGCCAGCCUGGCUCCCAAAAGAGGUGCCUCUUUGUGUGUCGGCAUGGCGAGAGGAUGGAUGUCGUCUUUGGGAAGUACUGGCUAUCCCAGUGCUUCGAUGCCAAAGGCCGCUACAUUCGCACCAACCUGAACAUGCCUCACAGCUUACCUCAGCGGAGCGGUGGCUUCCGGGACUACGAGAAAGACGCUCCAAUCACUGUGUUUGGGUGCAUGCAAGCAAAACUAGUGGGUGAAGCCUUAUUAGAAAGUAACACCAUUAUUGACCAUGUCUAUUGUUCCCCAUCCCUGCGCUGUGUUCAGACUGCACACAACAUCUUGAAAGGUUUACAACAAGAAAAUCAUUUGAAGAUCCGUGUAGAGCCUGGCUUAUUUGAGUGGACGAAAUGGGUCGCUGGGAACACAUUACCUGCGUGGAUGCCUCCGUCAGAGCUAGCUGCAGCCAACCUGAGCGUUGAUACAACCUACAGACCUCACAUUCCAGUCAGCAAAUUAGUGGUUUCAGAAUCCUAUGACACUUACAUCGGCAGAAGUUUCCAAGUAACAAAAGAAAUAAUAAGUGAAUGUAAAAGUAAAGGAAAUAACAUCUUGAUUGUGGCCCAUGCAUCUUCUCUGGAAGCAUGUACCUGCCAGCUUCAGGGCCUGUCACCUCAGAACUCCAAGGACUUCGUACAAAUGGUCCGAAAGAUUCCGUACUUGGGGUUUUGCUCCUGUGAAGAACUGGGAGAAACUGGAAUCUGGCAGCUGAGGGAUCCACCCAUCCUUCCUCUCACCCAUGGACCCACUGGGGGCUUCAACUGGAGAGAGACCUUGCUACAAGAAUGAGCCACAACUGCGGAAGGAAACAGACUUUGGAAAGCCCUGGGGAGGCGUAUUGUCUGUGUGUUUAGUAACAGUGAAGAAGUCUGCACCACGCUAUCAGCAACAGCGCAGAAUAACUUAGCCCACUCCCUUUCAUGCUUUAAAAUGCCCGUGACGGAGACUGUGCAUAGGAAAAAACUUGGCUGAGACAUAAAGCUCAUUCUCUCUGGACUCCUUUUUGGUUAGCAAGGCUUUCGGGGCUUGUCUUCCUCCGUCGAGGCACCUGCUACUGCAGAGGCUGUAGCCUUCCUUUCUCCAUGGCCCAGACCACCGCCCCCCCCAGGCUCCCGGGGGGAGGAGCCGGCCAUGGAGGGGGCCGGAGGAGGGGGCACAUCCAGCACCCAGCUGGAGGGACCUGAGCUGCCCGUGUGGUGGAGGGAGGUCCUCUUAACCCCAUGUUCCCGGGAGGCAGCGCCACGCUGAAGGCUUCUCAGGUUAUCAGCAGACGGGCCCUGCAAAGAGCUGUUCUGAGCUUACACUCCGACCUCUGCCGUCGAGAUGGCCACCAGGGCCGCCAGCUCCCACGCUGCCCAGAGGGUGGCAGGGACCCGGCCACGCUCGGUGAAAGGGCAGGCAAAGCACUUUUGCUCUCUUGAAGCACUUGUGGACACUCAGGAGGAAUAAGAUAAGGUGUGAAGUAGUCAGUUGUAGGAACAAAGAACUGAAAACCACGAAGUGGCUGACUGAUCCGUGUUGCCACCGAGGAGCCCAGCGCUUCUGAUCGCCGAGCUGCUCCUCCUUGGCCCCUGAGUCUGUGGAGGAGGCUGGCGCUCUAGAAGGCUGUGUGUGACAGACAUGAUUUGAGUGAGAAAAAGCUCAUUCUUGUGCAAUAUGCCCACGGGCAGGGUGUCAUCACUCAGAUGCAGUCCACGUCAGUCAUACGAGGCCAGCUGAGAGGCACCAGCCACACGAGGGAUGUGCAAACCAAGUCAGGGACCUAGUUUAAGUGGUGCCAGUUAUGCUUGCACUGCUACCUGAGCUGUCAUUUUUGUUUGCUUUUCUAGGAUAAUUUUAAAUAUGUAGACUGGGCUACUUAGAUGCAGUUAGGAGAACCACAUCUUGUGGCUUCGCUUCAGACUUGCUGGAUUUAGAGGGAGUUUACAAAAAAGAGAGAGAGAAAAAAAAAAAAGACAAUCAAGCCAAAACAUCAGUUAUCAGAGUCUGUUCAGUUGUGUGGCUCGCUGAGGGCUGCGGGCAGCAGACGGUGGCCAGGUGGGUGCAGCUCACUGUGAGAGGAUGGGAGCUACCCAAAGGGACGUCAGUGCAAACCGAAUCAGUAGCUCCUGCAGCACUGAGGACGCUCCCCAGCCCAGGUGCAUGACCCCUGGUGUAUAAAACAGGUCCAUGAGCCGUUUGACCCGGGAAUUUGAUGGUCCUGGAAACAAAGAGGGAAUGUGUGCUGAUCGGCCGGAGGAUUAGAGAGGGGUUUUACAGUCACUUAAAGAAAUGUGUCAUGAAUUUUACAUUUUAAGAAGCAAAUCUUGUGUUCUAGCAUUGUGCAAACAGCUUCUGAAUAUGAAAGUCACUCUAUGCUGACCCCAGUGGUUAAUAUGAAUGUUUUAAUCUUCAAGUGGUGACAUACUCACUAAAGGGUUAUUUUUUUAUCCUGGCUCUAGGAUAGCUGCCAUUCGUUUUUCUUUUUUUAAAAUAUGCUUUUAUUGAUUUUAGAGAGAUAAAGGGAGAGAGAGAGAGAAAAAAUAUCAAUGAGAGAAACAUCAACAUGGAACUGCUGCCCCCAGCACCCACCCCUAGUAUGCCCCCUACUGGGGAUGGAGCCCACAACCCGGGCAUGUGCCCUGACCAGGAAUCAAAUGGAACCGCUGGCCUCUUGGUGCCCGGUUGACACUUAGCCAUGGAGCUGCAUUGGCCAGCCACGCAUUCCUUUAUCCAUGAGGUCCUGAGCCACUGCUCGGUUAGACUUGCUGGCACGUUGUGCGUUAAGCGCCGCACACAUCGCCAUGGCCUCAGUGCCCAGGACAGCGCCUGAACUCCGCCGUGCGGAUUCCUGGACAAUGGCAGCACGUUCUGGCUGUGUCCGCACCCACACAGAACCACGCUCCAAACGGGCUCUCCUCCCCUGCCCUCUGGUGGCAUUAGUCCCAGGAUGCACUGCAAUCCGUUGCCCCUGGACCAGUGUGCACAGAGCCUUGAGCAAAAGGGGGGAGAGACUGGAAUCAUUUUCUGAAUAAUUCAGGUGGGAAACACUGUGUAAACAAAGAGUUCAUUCCUCUGCUUUAAUUAUCCAGAUUGCUUUUCAAAACGGCCUGAAAAUCUGAAUUCACAUUGAAUUCUUUUUUCAUACUUAUCUAUUUAAGCAACCAAACUUAAACUCCAAUUGAGAAAUUCUUUGGAAAUCAUGUUGAAUGUGUGUGUAUUAAAAGAAACAUGAUUUCAUAUUCAUCCCAAAAUUCUGGGUUAAUAUUACAACCUGAAGUGCAGGCUGGUUAUUUUUUUAUCUCAGCUCAUGCUCCUUAAGAACAAAUGUUGAUGGAGGGGAUUGGGUCCAGGAGAAGAAGGGAGAGGGAAUGCAGAACAAAACCCAAUGGCUCUUGCAGAAGGAAUCGUUUCUUUUCGUGUAGAAAGUUACUGGAGACAAAAAGGUGAAUCAACUAAAGGAUUUGAUCUAGGCUUGAAAGUCUGCAGCAUUUUGCUCUAGUAACACCCCAGGAUCAUGCAUGAGUGGCUCUUGGUUUCCGUGACUUAAAAGCUACAUCUCUCCUGGUGGGCUGGAGUGAUUUAAUGCAGAAGCUGAGUUUCAUUUCCUGAUAGUUGGUAGCCAGGGCCUCACAGCUUCACCCCAGCCUGCAGUUCCUGAUAUGUGUUUCCAUGACAUCCGGAUUCAUAGAGUCUGAUGGCUGAUUAAAUAGCCACUGUGGCUGAAAGAGGGAGGUAUUUUCACCCUGUAGUGCAGGGCUUCCAGCAGGUUCUACUUUUUGUUUGAAUAAUACUGCAACCAAAGAAUUAUUUUAAAAUAACCUUAUAUUUGAAAGCUGAUUUUGCAAAAAAUAAAUAAAAAUAAUAUUUUCUAGAGUGAA